UCUGCAAUAUACUUCUGCUUUUUUCCAUUUUAUCAAUCAUCUUCAAUUUCUAUUCUUUUCCUUUGAAUAUGGCUGAUUUUCUUGUUUCCAAAGCAUUAGAUCUGCUGACAUCGGUCAUUGUUGGCCAGAUAGAGCAAAAUGUUAAGCUUGUUUCCGGUGUCAAGAAUGAGGUCAAAAUGCUUACUAGCAAUCUCCAAUCCAUCCAAGCUGUGCUCAUUGAUGCAGAGAAAAGGCAAUUGAAGGAGGAAACUGUUAACCUUUGGCUCCGCAAGCUAAAAGACAUAACAUAUGACAUCGAUGAUGUGUUAGACGAAUGGAGCAUUGAAAUUCAGAAAUCAAAAAUCGAGGGAGAUGAACAUGAAUACACUUCCAGGCCUAAAAGGACUAAGGUAUGGUCUUUUGUCUUAUCCUUCUGCUUUUGUUUUCGUGAAGUUGGUUUUCGUCGUGAUAUUGCUGUCAAGAUAAGAGAGCUAAAUGAAAGUCUAGAUGUGAUUGCCAAAGAGAAAGAAAGAUAUAGCUUUUCACUGAUAAAAGGCCAUGAAAAUAUCGAACGAGCAAUGACUACCUCUGUUAUCAAUAUAGCAGAGGUAAAAGGUAGACAUCAUGACAAAGUUGCAGUGAUAGACUUGUUGUUGGCUGAGAGUGAUCAAAACCCUCAUGUCAUCUCCAUAGUAGGGAUGGGAGGGGUUGGCAAAACUACUUUUGCCAAACUAGUCUACAAUGAAGAAAUGAUAAAAGCUCAUUUUGAUGUGCAAAUAUGGGUUUGUGUCUCUGAUCCCUUUGAUGAGGUUAGGAUUGCUAAGGCAAUCCUUGAAUCUCUUACAAAAUCUACCUCAAAUCUUGUUGAAUUGCAAAACAUUGUACAACAAAUUCAACAAUGUAUUUUAGGAAGAAAGUUUUUACUCGUUCUGGAUGAUGUGUGGAAUGAAGAUUAUCGAAAGUGGGAAGAACUAAAACAUUCUUUCGAGUGUGGUGCACCAGGAAGUAAAAUUUUGGUCACCACGCGUAAAGAGGACGUUGCAAAAACUAUGGAUAGUGUAAAUACAAUCCAACUUGGACUUUUGUCCGAUAAGGAAUGUUGGGAGAUUUUUACUAACAUAGCAUUCUUUCAAAGGUCUAGAAAUGAGUGCAUAGUUUUAGAAGAAAUUGGGAGAAAAAUUGUGAGUAGGUGUAAGGGUUUGCCUCUUGCUGUAAAGACGAUAGCAAGUCUUUUGCGCUUUAAAAAGUCUAUAAGAGAAUGGCAAGAUGUGUUAAAUAGCGAAUCAUGGAAAUUGAAGGAAGUUGACGAGUGCGUCCUAGCCCCAUUGUGGUUAAGUUAUAUCGACUUGCCCUCGCCAUUGAAACAAUGUUUCUCUCACUGUGUCAUCUUUCCAAAGGACUACGAGAUGAGUAAAAGUGAACUAAUUUCUUUGUGGAUUGGUCAAGGUUAUAUUAGGGCAGCAAAUGAUAAGAAUUUGGAGAUGAUUGGUGACGAGUAUUUCCAUAAUUUAGUUAUGCGCUCUUUCUUCCAAGAUAUUAUAGAAAUUGGGGAGAACGAAUAUUUGAGUGAUCGAAUUUACUGUAAGAUGCAUGAUUUAGUGCAUGAUUUUGCACAAUCUGUCAUGAAAAAUGAGUAUGGAAGCAUAGAGAUAAAUAGUAACGAAGAACCAAGAAUAGAUUUCAAUCCCAUGGAAAUACGUCAUGUAGGUAUUACAGUUGUGGAACAUGUCUCUUUUCCUAUUUCCCUUUACAGUUUUAGAAAGUUACGUAGUCUUAAAAUUUCGUCGGGAGGAAGCACAUCGUUUGGAGUUGCCCUAAGUAUUUUAUUUAAUGAAUUGUCUUGUUUGAGAUCAUUGAGUUUAAGAAAUUGUGGUAUUGUAGAAAUCCCAUCUAACAUAAGUAACUUGAUUCAUUUGAGGCAGCUUGAUUUGUCUUUUAAUGUUUUUGAAGAGUUGCCUGAAUCGAUAUGUAAAUUGUAUAAUUUGCAAGUUUUGGAUGUGGAGAGGUGUGGACGUCUAAAAUCAUUACCUAAAGGGAUAGGAAAACUAAUUAAUUUGAUCUAUCUAAAUAACUUGGGGACAUAUGCUUUCAUGCCGAAAGUAAUAGGGAGGUUGUAUGGCUUACAAAGUUUAACCAAAAUUAAUAUAAGCCACCAUGAAACAAUAGAAGCCCCAUUAUCUCUUAGAGAUAUAAAAAACUUGAAUCAACUUGGUGGAUUCAUGUUAAUAGACUGGACGAGACAACAUGUGCCAGAUGUGGAUGUUGAAGACGCUAAGGGAGCGCAGUUAAACGAUAAAAAGCAUCUCGUUGAAUUGUCUUUAAGUUUCAAUGAUGAAGUUGGACAAGAAUGGAGGAAAAAACAAGAUGAAGAGUUAUUAGAAGCUUUAGCGCCCCCAACAAGUUUGGAGCAUUUAGCGAUAUGGAAUUACCAAGGAACAAAUAAAAUCUGUCAUGGUCCAAGUUGGAUAAAAUCAUUGAUUUGUCUUAAAAGCCUUUUCCUUUAUGGAUGGAGGAACUGUGAGCAGUUGCCAUCGCUGGGAAAAUUACCUUCGCUUGAAUACCUUUUCGUAGGUGAAUUCGAGAGUUUAAGAGAAGUAGGAGUUGAAUUUCUUGGGAUGGAUCAUCAUGAGGUGUCUGAUAAUGCUGUAUUAUUCCCCAAAUUAACGGAAUUACACUUUUCGGACAUGAAAGAAUGGGAAGAGUGGAUCUAUGAAGAUAUCAUUGCCGACGAAAGGGUGAAGAAAAACGACAGCGGUAAUGGAAUGGAAAUAAUGCCAUGUCUACGAUCUUUACAUCUCUCGACAUGUCCGAAGUUGAGGGUGUUGCCAUCUUUUAUCCUCCAAAAUACUUCACUGCAAAUAAAAAGAUAUUGAGCAAGCUUGUGGAAUAAGUAUGUAUAUAUGAAGGCAAGGUUGGUAUAGUUUCUUCUCCUUUUUGUUUUUUAUUUUGAAGUUAAUGAAACAAUAUUUUUUAACAUAUCCAUUUAUAUUCAAUUCAUCAAACUACAGUCUUUCAGAAUGUAUUAGUAUUUAAAAUAAUAUGAAACAAGUUUGGUACUUACUAGUUAUAAUUUUUUAUUUGCAGCCAAAGAGUUACCAUCUGCACCAAUUGUCAUUGUUGUCUGCUACUGAUUGCAUAUUCUUAUUGGCAAGAAUUAAGAAUGUUUUUAAUUAUUUUAAUAUUUUCAUGCUAUUUUUUAGUGUUUAUGAGAAUCUAUUAUCUAUUUCUUUUUUCAAUUUAUAUUCCUUUCAUAUUACUUUAUGCACUGUACUUUCUUGAAAUUUAUUAACCAAACUGCUAAUUUUAUGCAUCAUUUAAGGAGAACUUUUCGACCAUUGUUUUCACACUAAAGAUGCAAUCAAAUUGCAAAAUGUUGCGAUUAUCUUAUAAAAAUUGUUGUAAAUAGCUCGACUCUCUAAGAGAAUGUGCAUAAGGAAUUCCGCAUCUCGGCUUUCUUGCCUGCCAACGAUGGUCCAUGGAGUGGCAAGUGAUGGCUAUGCUGCUUCUGAUAUCUUGAAUAUCGGAAAGGUCUUGCUCGAUAUUUUGUUUAAUGCCAAGCAGGUGGUACCCAAAAUGCUAGAACCGCAUGCUCUCCAUUUAUUGGGUUGUUGUUCCUUCCACCAAUCACAAACUAGUAUCGAUUCUCGACGAGCAAUUAAGUUGCGGAUUCUUUCUGUAGGCUCGUCAUAAUCUACAAGUAACAGCAUUGCUACUACAUCCACAACAGAUGCAGUGACUUGCUUCCUCGAUAAGUAAUUGAUCGGCGCAUUUCAUGAAAUUGGCUCGAUCCAAGAAUGUUAAUAUUAUUACAAGCAAAAUUCUGACAUAUACUGAAACCAGUUGAAUUUUCAUGGCUUGUAAUUUGCUUUAUGUUUUUUGUUCUGCUUUGGUGUGAGAUAAUAUAUUAAGCAUUGGGUUGUAAUUUUAUCAGAAAAGGCUUGCAUAUCCUUGUUAAAUUUGUAUUCAUUGAGAGAAUUUCUUGUAUGUUAUUUUUA